AGCAGCAAGAUGGUGCUGGAAAGUACGAUGGUAUGCUUCGACAACAGCGAUUACCAGCGCAAUGGUGAUUACUUCCCGACUCGAUUGAAUGCCCAAAAGGACGGUGUGAAUCUCGUAUGCCUGUCAAAGGUACGUUCGAAUCCGGAGAACAACGUCGGACUGAUGACGCUUUCCAACACGACGGAGGUGUUGGCCACGCUGACAAGCGAUGUUGGCCGCAUCUUGUCCAAACUACAUCUGGUAAAUCCAAACGGCAACAUCAACUUGAUGACCGGGUUGCGCAUCGCACAUUUAGUACUGAAGCACCGACAGGGUAAGAACCACAAGAUGCGCAUCGUCGUAUUCGUAGGCUCGCCGGUCGCACACGACGAGGGAGAGUUAGUUAAGCUGGCCAAGAAGCUAAAGAAAGAGAAGGUGAACGUAGACAUCGUUAGUUUCGGCGAUCAUCAGAAGAAUAACGACACGUUCACGUCGUUCAUCAACGUGCUGAAUGGAAAGGACGGCACCGGAUCGCAUCUUGUGUGCGUGCCGCGUGGGUCCGUCUUUUCGGAAGCUCUCAUUUCGUCACCCAUCAUCCAGGGUGAAGACGGCAGUGGUGGCGCGGGCUUGGGUGGAGCUGGGUUCGAGUUUGGUGUCGAUCCGAACGAAGAUCCCGAGUUGGCGCUGGCACUGCGAGUGUCGAUGGAAGAACAGCGGUUGCGCCAGGAGGAAGAACAGCGCCGCGCUACGGCCAACAGUGCCGCCGAGGGUAUGUCUGUUGCGGGUACCGACUCGGAAGCUGCUGGCGCUGCUGCAGGCUCUGCUACGGCUUCUUCCAGUUCCGGAGCAGCUCGGGCAGCCGGCACAGAACCGCACGCUGAAGAAGCGAUGCUGGAACGCGCUCUGGCACUAUCGACGGGUGAAAUCAUGCCGACCGACGAUUCCAUGCCGGACUUUGCGAACAUGACCGAAGAGGAGCAGAUCGCGUUCGCGAUGCAGAUGUCAAUGCAGGACGCCCAGGAGCCUAUCUCGCAGCCAGCAAAACGACAGAAGCAGGAAAAGGAUACGCCAAUGGAGGUGGACGUGGAAGAGAUUGAGAUAGUGGGAGUUUCUCCCGAAUAUUUGAUGAGCGUGCUCGAGAACCUGCCCGGUGUUGAUCCGCAGUCGGAAGCGGUACGCAAUGCGGUCGGAUCCCUGAACAAGGAUAGCAGCAAGAAAUCACAAUCGGAAAGCAGCAAGAAAUCGCAAGGAGAGAGCAGCAAGAAAUCAGACAGUAAGGAUGGUGAAGAGGAUGAGAACAAAAAGUAAAUCCAAUUUUUUUCUUCUGUCCACUGAAUUCCACACGCUUUGCGAGGACAGUGGAUUCUGCCUAAAAAAUUUCAAUAAGAUUCAACUAAUGCCCCGCACCAAACUGAAUAUCCCGUAUGAAACUGUGUGUGCGGCCGACAUAGCCGAUUGAAUGUCGUGAAAUAAAAUUCACACUGAAGUAAUAUAGAU